AUGUCCUCCCGCCGGUUAUCGCCGGCCCUCGUUCCCGUCCAGAGCCUCGUCGUCACCUUCCUCGUCGACAACACCAUCGAAUGGUUUGGGAAGCUGCCUCCGGGCUUCACGCGCGAGAUGCGCCAGCACCUGGACCAGCACCCCCCGCCCGACCCUGACACCGGAGUCCCUGUCCUCGAUUUGGAGCGCUUUUGCUGCGGUGCCCACGGCUUCUCCGCAUUAAUCGAAACCCGCGCGUCCGCUGACACCCCGUCGCACCUCACCCUCUUCGACACCGGGCCCGACUCCCAGUCGCUCGUGCGCAAUCUCGCCGCGCUGCAGAUCCGCACCCCGUCCAUCUCCCGCGUCGUCCUCUCGCACUGGCACGCAGACCACACCGGCGGCCUCCUCUCCUUCCUCGCCCACCGCGCCGCGCACCCCGAGCUCGCCGCGAGCACCCCCACGUGCGUCGUCGACGCGCACCCGUCCCGUCCGCGCGCGCGGGGCAUCGCACCUCCGCCCGGGGACGAAGUCCUCUGCCGCCUCCCCGCAGACCCCUCGUUCGCCGAGAUGGCGGACGCCGGUGCGCGCGUCGAGAUGCACGACGAGGGGCACGCGGUCGCGGGCGGCACGGUCUGGGUGAGCGGCGAGAUCCCGCGCGUGACGGAGUUCGAAGGGGGCUUGCUGGGCGGAGUGCGGUUUGGGGACUCGGGGGAGUGGGCGCCGGAAGCGCAUCUCAUGGACGAGCGCUACGCCGCGAUCGACGUCCUGGGGAAAGGCUUGGUUCUAUUCAGCGCAUGCUCCCAUGCCGGCAUCGUCAAUGUCGUCAAAGACGCAGUCGCGACCUUCUCCAGGCCCAUCAUCGGGGGCCUCCACCUCGGUGGCCCAGAGCUCGCCCCGCGCAUUGCGCCCACCGUCGACUUCCUCGCGCGCAGGUUACGCCCGGCGCCUGCGUACGUCCUCCCGAUGCACUGCUCGGGCUUCGACGUCAAGGUCGCUCUGCAGGCUGCGCUCGGCGAGGGCUGCGUGCCCGCGGGAGCCGGCAUGCAGGUAAAGGUGCUCGGGGAGUCGACGGACGAGGCGCGUGUGUUUCCGCCGAGCAUCGCCAUUUGA